AUGCCACGCCGUUGCCAUACUAAGUCCAGGCGGGGCUGCAUCCAAUGUAAAGAGCGACAUGUCAAGUGCGAUGAGAAACGCCCAACAUGCAGCCUCUGUAUUCGACGCGGGCUAGAUUGCAUAUACGUAGCACCUAGACCCAGAAGAAGACCAGCUUCAGCCAAUACGAACUCUAAGAAUUCAAUAUCAGACAGAUCUUCGUCGCAGUCUAGCAUCUCCUCAGAUGAGUUUAUACGACUUCCACGUCUGCAGGAGAUGCAACUCUUCUACAAGGCAUGCGAGUCAACUCUUCCUUCAAUAGCCAAAGACGAUGAAGAUCGACGCUUCUGGAAUGGGAAAAUUCCUCAGUUUGCUGUUUGUCACGACUAUGUUAUGGACAGCCUGCUUGCUGUGUCUGCUCUCCAUCUGGCAUCGGAACAGAUCGACGCGGAUGAGAUUCCUACAUGGCUGGAGACUGCGUUGACAUAUCAGACGCACGCGACGGCGGGCUUGCGGCAUGAACUGGUCACCAAUCCACAAAAUAUCGAGGCAUCGUUCAUGUGCUCCGCUAUUAUUCUUAUUCUGGUCACUGCAUAUCCGGAUGUUUGUCGUGAUGAGACACCUGUUGACCCGCUGGGCGAGAUUAUGACUCUUCGGUCGAUUCUUAGCGGAGCUGCGUUCUUAUGGAUGCAGAUGUUCCAUGGCACGGAGCGGGCUUGGCUUGAUUCUUGGAUUUAUCAGGAUGGGAAUAAUAGACUUGCUAUUGCUCGAGCGAAUCUGGAAUGCUGGCCAUCUGGGCAAGGGAGCCUGGUCUGGCCAAUCAGAGUCAGUGAGGAGUUCAUGAACCUUGUCAAACAAGGCGAAUGGAUGGCACUUAUCUUUGUCUUGUUCCACGGCCUGGAUAAGCAUCUAUCAUCACGGAAAUGGUUCGCUCGAGAAUCAGGGAAGCGAUUGGUUCACGGCGUGAUCCAACAUUUUGCUGGAAAUUUGCCCCCAGAGUGGAUGGGUUUGGUUGAAUGGGUUAGACAAGCUGUGGAGCGGUGA